CCCGCCGGCGCCUGGGCGCGCGCUCUCACUCCCAGCCCAGAGCUGCGGCCGCGCAGGUCCCACCCGCGCCCAAGGGCCGGAGAUGCAGCCCGGCGCCGCGCUGAGCCUGCGCCUGUGGCUCUGCCUCGGACUCUUCCAAGGCCUGGCAAAUGGCUACUCCAUGACCCCUCCAAUCCUGAACAUCACAGAGGAUUCAUAUGUCAUUGACACCGGGGACAGCCUAUCCAUAUGCUGCAGGGGGCAGCACCCCCUCGAGUGGACCUGGCCAGGGGCCCAAGAGGUACUGACCACAAGCGGGAAGGACGGCGAGGAGACACGGGUUGUACAAGACUGUGAAGGCACAGAAGCCAGACCUUACUGCAAGGUUCUGCAGCUCACCCAGACUCAUGCCAACAACACGGGCAGCUACCACUGCUACUACAAGUACAUUAAGGCCCGGAUUGAGGGCACCACAGCUGCCAGCACCUAUGUGUUCGUAAGAGACUUUGAACAGCCUUUCAUCAACAAACCUGACACGCUCCUGGUCAACAGGAAGGACUCGAUGUGGGUGCCCUGCUUGGUGUCCAUCCCCGGCCUCAACAUCACACUGCGCUCGCAAAGCUCAGUGCUGCACCCCGACGGGCAGGAGGUGCUGUGGGAUGACAGGCGGGGCAUGAGGGUGCCCACUCUUCUGUUGCGUGAUGCCCUGUACCUGCAGUGCGAGACCACCUGGGGUGGCCAGGACUUCCUUUCCAAUCCCUUCCUCGUGCACAUCACAGGCAAUGAGCUCUAUGACAUCCAGCUGUGCCCCAAGAAGUCACUGGAGCUGUUGGUUGGAGAGAAGCUGGUUUUGAACUGUACGGUGUGGGCUGAGUUCAACUCGGGUGUCACCUUCGACUGGGAUUAUCCAGGGAAACAGGCAGAGAGGGCUAAGUGGGUGCCUGAGCGACGUUCCCAGCAGACCCACACAGAGCUCUCCAGCAUCCUCACCAUCCACAAUGUCAGCCAGUACGACCUGGGCCCCUACGUAUGUGAGGCCAACAACGGCAUUCAACGCUUCCGGGAAAGCACAGAGGUCAUCGUGCACGAAAAGCCCUUCAUCAGUGUCGAGUUGCUCAAAGGACCUGUCCUGGAGGCCACAGCCGGUGAUGAGCUGGUGAAGCUGCCCGUGAAGCUAGCAGCUUAUCCCCCACCGGAGUUCCAAUGGUACAAGGACAGGAAGGCAGUGACGGGACGCCACAAUCCACACGCUCUGGUGCUCAAAGAGGUGACGGAGGCCAGCGCAGGCAUCUACACUCUCGCCCUGUGGAACUCUGCAGCUGGUCUGAGGCAAAACAUCAGCCUGGAGUUGGUAGUGAAUGUGCCUCCUCACAUCCAUGAAAAAGAAGCCUCCUCACCCAGCAUCUACUCCCGCCACAGCCGCCAGACCCUCACCUGCACCGCCUAUGGGGUACCCCAACCUCUCAGUGUUCAGUGGUACUGGAGACCCUGGACACCCUGCAAGACAUUUGCCCAGCGCAGCCUCCGGAGGCGGCAGCAGCGGGACCGCAUGCCACAGUGUCGAGACUGGAAGGAGGUGACUACUCAGGGUGCCGUGAACCCCAUUGAGAGCCUGGACACCUGGACCGAGUUUGUGGAGGGGAAAAAUAAGACGGUGAGCAAGCUGGUGAUCCAGGAUGCCAAUGUGUCAGCCAUGUACAAGUGUGUGGUCUUCAACAAAGUGGGCCAGGACGAGCGGCUCAUCUACUUCUAUGUGACCACCAUCCCGGACGGCUUCAGUAUUGAAUCAGAACCAUCUGAGGAUCCCUUAGAAGGCCAGUCGGUGCGCCUCAGCUGCCGGGCGGACAACUACACGUACGAGCAUCUGCGCUGGUACCGGCUUAACCUCUCCACGUUGCACGACGCUCACGGGAACCCGCUACUGCUGGAUUGCAAGAACGUCCACCUGUUUGCCACGCCCCUAGAGGCCAAUUUAGAGGAGGCGGAGCCCGGGGCUCGCCACGCCACCCUCAGCUUGAAUAUUCCCCGAGUGGCGCCCGAGCACGAGGGUGACUACGUGUGUGAGGUGCAGGAUAGGCGCAGCCAGGACAAGCACUGCCACAAGAAGUACCUGUCCGUGCAGGCCCUGGAAGCUCCUCGGCUCACACAGAACUUGACCGACCUCCUGGUGAAUGUGAGUGACUCACUGGAGAUGCGAUGCCCGGUGGCCGGAGCACAUGUGCCCAGUAUUGUGUGGUACAAAGAUGAAAGGCUCCUGGAAAAAGAGUCUGGAAUUGAUCUGGCAGACUCGAAUCAGAGGCUGAGCAUCCAGCGCGUGCGCGAGGAGGACGCGGGUCGUUAUCUGUGCAGUGUAUGCAAUGCUAAGGGCUGCGUAAACUCCUCUGCCAGCGUGGCAGUGGAAGGCUCUGAAGAUAAAGGGAGCAUGGAGAUUGUGAUACUUAUUGGCACUGGUGUCAUCGCUGUCUUCUUCUGGGUCCUCCUCCUGCUCAUCUUCUGUAACAUGAAAAGGCCUGCCCACGCAGACAUCAAGACGGGCUACCUGUCUAUCAUCAUGGACCCCGGGGAGGUGCCUCUGGAGGAGCAGUGUGAAUACCUGUCCUAUGACGCCAGCCAGUGGGAGUUCCCCAGGGAAAGGUUGCACCUUGGGAGAGUCCUAGGCCACGGGGCUUUUGGGAAGGUGGUGGAAGCCUCAGCUUUUGGCAUCAACAAAGGCAGCAGCUGUGACACCGUGGCCGUGAAGAUGCUGAAAGAGGGCGCUACUGCCAGCGAGCACCGUGCCCUGAUGUCAGAGCUCAAGAUCCUAAUUCACAUCGGUAACCAUCUCAAUGUGGUCAACCUUCUAGGGGCGUGCACCAAACCCAACGGCCCUCUCAUGGUGAUCGUGGAGUUUUGCAAGUACGGCAACCUCUCCAACUUCUUGCGUGCCAAGCGGGAGGCAUUCAGCCCCUACGCGGAGAAGUCUCCGGAGCAACGCAGGCGCUUCCGCGCGAUGGUAGAAGGAGCCAAGGCUGAUCGGAGGAGACCUGGAAGCAGCGACAGGGCUCUGUUCACAAGGCUCCUGGGCAAAGGAGGUGCGAGACGGGCCCCCCUUGUCCAAGAAGCUGAGGACCUAUGGUUAAGCCCACUGACCAUGGAAGACCUUGUCUGCUACAGCUUUCAGGUGGCCCGGGGAAUGGAGUUCCUGGCUUCCCGCAAGUGCAUUCACAGAGACCUGGCUGCUCGGAACAUCUUACUGUCAGAGAAUGACAUAGUGAAGAUCUGCGACUUUGGCCUUGCUCGGGACAUCUACAAAGACCCUGACUAUGUCCGAAAAGGCAGUGCCCGACUGCCUCUGAAAUGGAUGGCCCCCGAGAGCAUCUUUGAUAAGGUGUACACCACACAGAGUGAUGUGUGGUCCUUUGGAGUGCUGCUGUGGGAGAUUUUCUCCCUGGGGGCCUCUCCAUACCCUGGGGUACAGAUCAACGAGGAGUUCUGCCAGCGGCUGAAGGAUGGCACGAGAAUGAGGGCCCCAGAGCUGGCCACGCCUGCCAUACGCCACAUCAUGCAGAGUUGCUGGUCUGGAGACCCUAAAGCGAGGCCUGCUUUCACUGAGCUAGUGGAGAUCUUGGGGGACCUGCUUCAGGGCGGAAGCUGGCAGGAAGAGGAAGAGGAGUGCAUAGCCCUGCACAGCUCUCGGAGUUCAGAGGAGGGUGGCUUCAUGCAGGCGUCCACCACAGCUCUGCACAUCACCGAAGCUGAUGCUGAGAGUAGUCCAUCCAGCGUGCAUUGCCACAGCCUGGCAGCCAGAUAUUAUAACUGCGUGUCCUUUCCUGGGUGCCUGACCAGAGGGAUUCAGACGCCAGGUUCCUCCAGGAUGAAGACGUUCGAAGAAUUCCCCAUGACUCCUACAACUUACAAAGCCUCGGUGGAUAACCAGACAGACAGCGGGAUGGUGCUGGCCUCAGAAGAGUUUGAGCAGAUCGAAAGCAGGCAUAGGCAAGAAGACAGCUUCAGCUGUAAAGAUCCUGGCCAGCACAUGGAUAUUCCCAGAGGGCACCCUGACCCCCAGGGGAGGCGUCGGCGGCCCACCCAAGGGUCACAAGGAGGCAAGGUGUUUUAUAACAACGAGUAUAGAGAGGUUGCCGAGCCAUGUACAGAAGGCGACUGCUGCAUGUCGGCUGGCCCCCACUUCUUCACUGACAGCAGCUACUAAGGAAACACACGGCAAGGCCUCCUGCCCCUUGCUGAAACCCGGAGCUGACAGCUGGGCUGGAGGGACGUCCCCAGCAGAGCAAGGCUGGAGGCCCAGGCUGGGAGGAGAUGUUUUCAAUCCCCCCCCGCCCCCCCCCACACACACACCCUCUACAGCCUCUCUAGCC